GCGCAUGCGCGCUGCAUUGUUUUGACUGAAAAUGCCGUCGGUUUCGAAAGCGGCGGCGGCGGCGCUGAGCGGUUCCCCCCCGCAGACCGAGAAGCCGACCCACUACAGGUAUCUAAAGGAGUUUAGGACAGAGCAGUGCUCCCUGUUUUUGCAGCACAAGUGCACCCAGCACAGGCCAUUUACCUGUUUCCAUUGGCAUUUCCUAAAUCAGCGUCGCCGCAGACCCCUCCGCAGGCGCGAUGGCACCUUCAACUACAGCCCGGACGUGUACUGCGCCAAGUACGACGAGGCCACCGGCGUGUGCCCCGACGGCGACGAACUCCACCUUCGUGCUGGGCAGCUACAAGACGGAGCAGUGCCCGAAGCCGCCGCGCCUGUGCCGCCAGGGCUACGCCUGCCCUCACUUCCACAGCAGCAGGGACCGGCGGCGCGACCCCCGCAGGUUCCAAUACAGAUCUACAAGUCUACAAAGUGCAACGACAUGCGGCAGACCGGGUACUGCCCGCGCGGCCCCUUCUGCGCCUUCGCGCACGUUGAAAAGGCCCUCGGAGCCGCGAGCGACUGGGGCGGCCGCGACCUUGGCUCCACCAGCCCCUCGGCCGGCAGCAGCCACCCCGGAACGGCAAAGCAGAGAGACUCACCUGCGGACGGCGGCCAGAGAGCCGGCGGGCAGGACCAGCAGAACCACCUCGCCGUGUUCGCCGCGGUCCACCCGCUGGCUCCCAGCGUGAGCUCCAGUGUGGCGUCCAGCCUGGCGUCCAGCGCGGGCUCAGGCAGCUCCUCCCCCACCGCUCUGCCCGCCCUCCCCGCCCGCUCCCUCCCGCUGGGCCCCGCCGGCAGCGCCGUGGAGGCCGUGCUAGGUUCUGCGCUGGACCUUCAUCUCAGCAAUGUGAACAUCACGUCCCUGGAGAAGGACCUAGAGGAGCGUGACACACGUGACCUCGGGCCAGCAGGCCCGAGGUCACUGGCGGGCUCGGCGCCCGUCGCCAUCCCGGGCUCGCUGGCCCGCUCGCCGUCCCUGCACUCCUCGUCCUCCCUGUCCACCUCGCCGCUCAGCUCGCUGGCCCAGUCCCUGCCGGGGCCACCGGUCUCCACGGCCAUGACGCCCCCCCAGCAGCCGCCACCCCUCCGCUCAGAGCCGGGCGCACUGGGCUCCUCCGCCUCCUCCUACAGCUCCUUAGGUCUGAAUGGAGUCCCUGGGAGCAUCUGGGACUUUGUUUCCGGCAGCUUCUCUCCCAGCCCGUCCCCCGUCCUGAACACCGGCCCCACGUCCUUGAGCGCAAGUCCCAACGGUGCAGAGCUGGCCCGCGUCCGGCGGCAGCUGGACGAGGCCAAGAGGAAGAUCCGGCAGUGGGAGGAGUCCUGGCGGCAGGUGAAGCAGGCCUGCGACGCGUGGCAGCGGGAGGCUCAGGAGGCCAAGGAGCGCGCCCGCCUGGCGGACAGCGACCGGCAGCUGGCGCUGCGGAGGAAGGAGGAGGUGGAAGCCCAGGUGCGGCAGCUGCAGGAGGAGCUCGAGGGCCUGGGCCUGUCCUCGCUGCCCGGCCUGCGCGGCUUCGGCGACAUCGGCGCCCUCCCCCUGCCAGAGCUGCACUCCCUGCAGAGCCAGCUGCGCUUGGACUUGGAAGCCGUGGACGGGGUGAUCUUCCAGCUGCACGCCAAGCAGUGCGUGGCCUGCCGGGAGCAGCCCCGCGGCGCUGUCUUGCAGCCCUGCCAGCACCGCGUGCUCUGCGAGCCCUGCGCGGCCAGCGCGCCCGAGUGCCCCUACUGCGAGGGCCAGCCCCUGCCCUGGUGACUGGCGCUGGGGGACACGGCACUGGGCUUGGAGCUCCAGUGGUCCCUGUGCACAUGGCCACGUCGUCACUCAAUCCCGGGGCCUCUGCACCCUGCGUGGUGUUUCCACCAGCCCUGUCACGCUGUUUCAAGGUAAUUCUCCUCGAAAACCUUGACGGCAAACCUGCGGCCCCACCCGCCUGUCCGCAGAGCACUGUCGCCUUGGCAGCCUGGGUGGCCCCUGCACUGCUGUGACGGGGCCACUGCGUCAAAGCACUUUGUAAGCGAGAGGCUUAGUUAGAUGUUGCCAGUUGCUCUGAGCUGCUUUCUCGGUCCGUGUUUUUAAUAUGCGAUGAUACGGAGCUUUAUGUGUGUGAACCUAAUCCUUCAUGUCGGCCCAUCACUCAAGGUAUGGUAAAUGUAUUAGAUCUCGUAUCUGAGACUAGCACUUACGAAAUGAGCAUUUAUCUAGUAACGAGACCUAGGAUUUUUACUGUUUUCAAAUUAAGUGCAAACAAAUAGUAUUUAUAAGCAGAGAGUGAUUAUUGAAAGACACAUAUACAUUUAGAUGUUUCUAAUUUUAUGAAAGGAACUAACUCUCCUCAACGUGUGCACUGCACGUGGGGCUGGAGUCCGUAUUCCAGUCUCCCAGGGCGACGCCGAGUGCAGUCACGCGCCUGUGAUCCGCGGCCACUUUCUCUAAGUGCCUGUGCCUUGCGAGAGAAGUGAAAGGACAAAUCGGCGGUUUUAUUUUAUCCCUGAAACCGGAAAGACAAGCUGAUAUGCAUGAAAAACGCAGACAAGGGAUCAGAUGUAGAGGUUUCUAACAUUCCUGAGGAGCGUCUUCAGACUAGUUACUUAGGCAGUGAUGGCGACGGUGCUCUGUGACUCCAGCUCGCCCGGGCGCGGCGGUCUAGCGUGGGGGGCCGCUGCCGUGCGAGGGGCUCCGAGGGCGCGUCCUGCAGCCCAGGGUGGUGGUUUGAGCCGACACCGUCGCCUGAUCCGUAUGUCGAGUUGCUCUCACAGCUCAUCCAUGUGACGGACUCGGGACAGGACCAGGUGGCCCGGCCUCAGGGGCUUGGAGGAGGGGAGUGGCCAGGGUCCCUCUGUCGUCCACCCAAGCUCUGCCUGCAGCGGAAACGCUCCUGAGGACGUGUCUCAUGCGGCGAUGUGAGCCUCCUCUGGUCAGGAGCGGGACCUUCCCUGGAGCCCUGGGGAGGGGCGGCUGUCCGUGGCCUGCCCAGGCUGGGCGCUCUGCGAGGCGGGUCGGCAGGCUCCAGCCCCCUGGCCUGGAAGGGACAGCGACUCGCUCCUGCUGGCCCGUGGCUUUGCCAAAGACUUUUAAUAGCAUUUUUUAAAGUGCAAAGUGACUAGGUAAAAAUUUUUAUCAGUGACCAAAUUAGAAUGUAUUUAAUAUACUAGGAGUUUUAGGAAACACUUUUUAAUGUAAAACAAACUGAUAGAAAAGUUUUAUCGUUUUGAAGGAAGUGGACCCGUGACAGUCUGCCACUAGUCCACUACUAAAGGUAACUAUCGACUUGGUUUUAGUGACUCUAUUGUUUUUAAUUAUAGUGAUGAUGAUUUAUUAGCUCAAUACCUAGAAAUGACAUAUAUUUUGUGCUACUGUUAUCACUGUUUAAAGUUAUUUUUAUUAUUUAUGCACUUGUUUCCCAGUCCAAGCCUUUGGUCUUUGUUGGGAUAACAGGCCGAUGUUUAUUAUUGAUAUCUAGCCUAGACAUUUUCAAAUUAUAAAUAAUUAAGGACAAUUAAGCUUUAGGUCUGUCUAUAAGCUACUCUGGUCAGUUCUUUGUGGAUCUGGCUGGUCUCCGAGUGUGUCUCCAGGACACAUUCUGGGGGUGGCGGUGGCUGGGAGACGGGGGUGGCACAGGCGUCCCUGUGCACACGCUCCUCUCAGGUGAGGACAGGUGUGUGGUGGGAAGACCAAAGAACUGCCCAGGAGGGGAACUCCCGAGGCACACGGCACCGUUAGGGUCAGUGGCAGAGCUAGAGGACUGCCCAGGCCUCUGGGAGGGACCCCAGGCGACCACGGCGGGUGGACGGGCCAGGUGGAGUGGAGUCGGGUGUAGGAGCUGUAACUGGUUGCGUCACACCUUGUCCUCGUUGCCUGCUGUCGUUCAGCUCCUCACGUUAAGUAUUAGCGGAAACAGUAGAGCAUCACGACAUUCGUGCAGCUGUGGUCAGCAGGAGUUCUUCGUUUGGUGUGGACGCUUCAUGUGGAUUAAUUUAUGGAAGCCCCAAGAUGUUUGUUUCGAGUAUUGAGAUGAGAAUGUUAUUUGAAUGGAAUUUUCUUAAUCAAGAAGGUAGUAUUAUUUAUAAUGUAUAAUCAUUUACUUUGUAGUGAAUUGUUUAAAGUUAACACUUAAGUUUUUACACGAUAGCAUUUAUGCAAUGGUUUACAGAAGUCAUGGAAUUAUUUUUAUCAGUGUGGGAAUUAAAACUUUGAAUCUUUA